AUGGAUUCAACGAAUCCUACGGCGGAACCGUCGAGGCCUACACCAUCAGUUGAUCACUUAGGACUGAGUCAAGAGCAUCACACUAUUCUUUCACAGUAUGCCAAUGGGAUUAUGACAGCAGAGCUUGUCUCUGCAUGGCCGACAAUGCGGCCUGUUAUCAAGCAGUGUAUUCGGACGCAUGCCAAAGCCUACGAUACCCGCACACUACCGGUCUUGCACAAAGCUGCGCCACUUGCUCAGAUGAUGCGCGAAUCACAAGGCACCGACGAACCACGCUCAGCCGCCUUUGAUCUCGUCAUGUCGGAACAUGAGAUCCAGCCCGAGGACUUGCAAGAUUUCUACCCUGCACGUACGCCACCACCGUCCGAGACAUGGCCAUCAUGGGACGUCGUCCUCGAUGGCCAGGACUUGGAGCGUGUGUGUGAGCACAUAUGUGCAUUUUUGGACGAGUUUGACGAAGCACCUCCUUUUACAAUUCAGCGACUCGCCGAGCUCGUCUUGGACCCUGCUAGAUACUACCACACUCGGUCCAAAUUCUUGGGAGCACUACGACGUGUGUUGUGCGUGACAGGUAUGGCUUCUGUACGUGCACAAUAUGCAUGUGCCGAAGAUGAUGCUCGUCCUUCCCAGCCCGGUGAUUUGCCUGCCAACGAUUCACUCACAGCAACGUCGACGACCAAUCCCUCUUCUAAUGAGUCGCCAUUUCGCAUGCGCACCGGUUCAGAUGCACAGUUGUAUGCCCCACUCCCAUUUCCACUGCCUGCACACGACAGUGAGCCACCCACAUCCCCCACGAAACCCAGCUCAGAUGCCAAGAGCACCGGGUUACCAGCUGGUCUUGUAGACGAAUUUGACUCGUCCAGUCAGCACGGCACCGUCUCAGGCACAAUGCACCCACUCUCAGCUACGACGCAAGCCGAUAUACCAGAGAAACGCCCACGCUCAUCAUAG